UAGAGGGGAGAGAUGGGAAAUGUAGUUGUAUCAAAAUUACCCAUAACUCCUUGGUGUAGGGAAAUACCAGGCGGGUAAUAGAAAAAGUGUGUCGUGCUAAAUAGCUUCUAGUCACAAGUAGUACUGUUAAACGUCUUUAUAUCGUUCAAUAAUUUAAGAAAACGUAAACGUAGAAAUCUGCAGUUUUAAAAGCGAAUUAUUUAUUCGCUUUCCCGAGGUGAAUUUCGUAAACAAGCAAGCAUUCGGAUUUGACUUUCGGACGAUACAAGCUAACAGUCGUGUGAUGCUAAGAUUUUCCUGCAAGUGUAUGGAGCCCGCGUAGCUUUUUGGUGUUAGAUGUGGACGUCUUAGGUAAAAAAUGUCUGGUUUUAAUUUCGGCUCGGGGACCCUCGGCGCGACCAACACAGGUGGAGGAUUUUCAUUCGGAGGGGCAACCAGUGCACCUGCGGCUAGUACUGGCGGCUUUUCUUUUGGGACUGUUCUGGGAACGCCAGCUGCAACCCCUGCUUCCACCACCACCACCACAGCAUCCCUUGGUUUAGGAGGAAAUCCUUUUGGCCAAAAACCAACAGGAGGAUUUUCUUUUAAUACACCUACCUCAAGUGCUGCUGCACCCACAACAGGCCUUACAUUAGGUGGUGCCCCAGCUUCUACAGCUGCCACUACUGGCUUUAGUUUAGGCUUCAGCAAGCCCACUGCCUCAGCAACGCCUUUCUCCCUCACCACCACCACAACAACCACCUCCUCAACCGUUGGAGCAGGUUUAUCAUUCGGCUCCAUUCUAAGCGCUCAGCAGCAGCAGCAGCAGCAGCAGCAGCCUACAGCCACAAGCUUCUCCCUUGGGCUUGGUGGCUCAACAGCUUCCGCAGUAGCCACAACAGUGCCACCACUAGGGGGAAGUUUGUUCUCCAGUUCUUUAUCUACAGGUUUGGGACAAACCACUCUUGGAGCUGGUGGUGGGCUAACAUUAGGUUCUUUGCUGGGAACCUCAACAGCAGCAUCAACUGCCCCAGCUCCUAGUAUUGGUCUAGGUGGGGUUGAUUUCAGCACUUCCUCCGAGAAUAAGAGCGACACAUUGUCUGGAUCCAAUGAACAGGACAGCAAAGCUUUAAAAGAUGAGAAUCUGCCCCCAGUUAUUUGUCAGGAUGUUGAAAACUUUCAAAAAUGUGUCAAAGAGCAGAAACAGGUGCAGGAAGAGAUCAGCAGGAUGUCAUCAAAAGCUAUUUCUAAAGUCCAAGAUGACAUCAAGAACCUCAAACAGCUUCUCUCUGUCAGUGCAAGCGGUCUGCAGCGCCAAGCUCUGGCUAUCGACAAGUUAAAACUGGAAACAGCUCAGGAGCUGAAAAAUGCUGACAUAGCACUGCGUACACAGAAGACCCCCCCUGGACUUCAGCAUGAAAAUACAGCUCCAUCAGAUUAUUUCCGUAGCCUUGUGGAGCAGUUUGAAGUGCAGCUGCAACAGUACCGGCAGCAAAUUGAAGAGCUGGAAAAUCACCUGACGACACAGGGCAGCGGCUCCCACAUCACGCCUCAAGAUUUGACGAUGGCCAUGCAGAAGUUAUACCAAACAUUUGUCGCACAGGCUGCUCAGCUUCAAUCUGUCCAUGAAAACGUCAAGAUUUUGAAGCAGCAGUAUCUUUCCUACCGCCGAGCCUUUCUGGAAGACUCCACAGACAUCUUCGAGACAAAGCGCGCGUCCAACAGGAAAUGGCAGAGCGCACCGCGAGUCACGACCGGGCCUGCCCCCUUCUCCAGUGUCCCCAACGCUGCAGCUGUUGCCAUGGCAGCCACGUUGACCCAGCAACAGCAGCCAACUCCAGGGACACAGGCACCCUUGGGGGCAGGAUUUGGAAAUCCUUUUGCCUCAGCAGUGGGCACUAGCCUGGGCUCUUCCACCCUUGGAGGAUUUGCUGGUGGACCAGGAUUCGGCGGCGUGGGUUGCGCAGGGUCGUCUUUUGGCUUCUCCACUGCUGCUAAGCCCACAGGGGGCAGUCUGAGUGCAGGUUUUGGCAGCACCAGCAAUUCGGGCUUUAACUUCAGCAACCCCGGCAUCAACCCAUCUGCCGGCCUGACCUUCGGCGUGUCCAACCAGCCAGCGGCGGGCUUCGGAGCGGCAGGGCCACUUCUCCAGCUGAAAAAGCCUCCGGCCGGUAACAAAAGAGGCAAGAGAUAGAAACGUAGAAAGACUGGACUUGUUCAGUGCUUGAAAUAAGUAAAACUUAGAAGCAGAGGGGGAGAAUAAAGGAGACAGCAACAAAGUGAUGCCGCUUUUCAAUAAAUGGAUUGAUUAUUUAUAUUUUUAUGCUCUCAUUUUGCAAAUUUUUCCCCCUAAAACAUCUUGCUAACAAAGUUUGUUUUUUUGUUUAUUCUUGUCACAAACUGCCAGAAACAGAGAUUGUGCUAGCUUUGUUAACAAGUUACCUUACGUUUGGAUGUCACAAAACCCUUGCAAGUAAAUAAAGCAUUGGUGUUUGGGUUUAAACACUCUUUGGCCUCAAUCAGCGCCUCAAUCUGCCAGCAAAGGAAGGAGCUGUUUUUUUUUUUUUUUUUUUCGUCUUUUUUUAAAAAUAAAGCUUUUUGUCCAAAUAUUUUUUAAGUCGGACAUGUUUUCUUGUGUCUCAGUAUAAAAAAAAACUGUGUUGAUAGUUUUAUUGUGUUUUUUGAAACUGUACAUCAGAAAAAUGCACUCAAAGAUGACUUGACCCAUGUCUCUUUGUAAGAAGAAGAUUGUGGAGUAUUACCUGAUCACUGAUAGGUGGAAUGCCUGAGUGACUAUGGGGCAAGUCAGUUUUAUUUUUCUACGGAGAGAAAAAGAAGCAACACUGGGUGAGGAUACAAGGGGACUAAAGUGUUGGGCUAUAGAAAAGUCGAGUCCACAUAACCUGUGUUAUUUUUGUUAAAAUCCAUCCUUUUUGUUGAAUUUUUCUGUCACUUUGUUUUGUUCGUGUGCUUUUGUAUUGACCUUAGAAUUGGAUACUGUCUUUACCCCAGCCCCAUUCAAUGUUAAGUUAGUUAAACUGAAAAUAUUCACAUUGUUUUCUGCUUAGUCAGAUUUUACCUGUGCUAGAACAUAUUUGCACCCUGAGUAUGUCACCCAUUUCUCUGUCUGUCAUGCAGUUAUGAAUUUGUGUCUAUUCUUUUUUUUUUCUUUGGAAGUUGUUUAAGUAGUCCUUCCUGUCGCUUUGGUUACCAAACGUUGGUAGUCGUAUUGUCUAUUUUCUAAUCAGUCUGUCUGAACUUGUGUCUUCAAGAUGCCGUUUAAUAAAAAAGUUUUUUGCCUGUA